CAGCUGUCAAAUAUGCACAGCUGUCGUGUACGGGGAUUCUGAGCAUGCACGGAAACUGCUCAAAACGGAUCAAGUGAUGCACGCCACGCAGAAUUUGGAAAUUUUGAACUGAGUGAUCAGGUGACGGCGAACACAUUGUCAAAUUUCUUAUUGCACGUACAGCCAUUUCCUGUUCUUCCUUUCCUUAUGUCAAGCAAUGAUUGCGCGUUGUGUUAGGCCUUUGUCGUCCAGCUCAUGGCGUCCUCGCCUGCUUCUUCAGAGUCCCUAAACAAGCGCAGUACUCGCCAGUCCGUUGAAGUUCCUCGUAUCGAGCCAGGAAGGAAGAAUUGCAUAUUUUGUGGAUCCAUCCAGAAAAGAAUACCAGGUACCAACAAAAAGCAGAGUACUUCGCAGAUUUUGACACUCGAAGCUGAGGAAAGGCUGAGAAAAGCUGCUGCCAUACGGAAGGACGAGGGCAUUUCGAUUGCCAUUUCAGCAGUCAGUAGCCUCAUUGCAAGAGAGGCAUACUAUCACAAACAGUGUUACAACGAUUUUACAAGAGAGUCAUCCCUUGCACGAAUCCGUGACAGCACACCAGCUACAUCGACCCCAGCUACAUCGACCCUAGUCACUAGCUCGUCUGCAGGUAGCGCUGAGCAUGACCUGUCAACACCAAGACAAGAGGGAAACAUCGAAGACUUUUACCACCUAGUACACCAGUUGCUGUUUGUGGAACGCACUGCUGUUAGCAUUUCACGUCUUACGGCAGACUACAACGCGACAGUACAUGGAACUGCUAGGAAUGACAGAACCAAAGCUGCUAUCACAGAACGGUUUGGUGAAUCUGUCACUUUUGUGCGCCGUCCGUCCCGGAACAGGGCUGAGCUAGUUUUCGCUAAUGCCCAUGCCAGUGAGAUAAUAGCCAGUUUGUAUGCCGAGGUGGAAGAGGCGAGGGAUUCGGAUGGGGUUGAUGAUGAUAUUUGGGUGGAGGAGGACAAUGCAGCUAACACUUCAGGAGGUGAAGGUGUUGUAGCACAAGAUCGCCUGCGUAUUGUAUAUCACGCCGCACGUCUUUUACGGACUGCGUGCCAGGAGACAAAGGCCCAAGAGUCAAGCGGGGAAAUCCCAAGAGUUGCUGAAGCAAACGCAUGCUUACCCAGCCUACUCCACAACUUUCUGGCUUGGGUAGUGACUGACCAGCAUCAUGAUGACAUCGGUCAGGACAAAGUUGAUUUGGAUGAGCAGCUGCAACGUCACGUCUCCUCCAUUGGCCAGGAUUUGCUGUAUAUUACAUCAGGACUGCCGUGCCCCAAACAUGUUGUUCUGGGACUGACCCUACAUCACCUCUACCGGAGCGAGAAGCUGCUGAAAAUGCUUAACCGGUUUGGGCACACCAUUGCCUACUCCCAGGUUUUGGAAAGGGAGACUGCUAUGGCAGAGCGGCGAGUGCGAGACGGGUACAUAGUGGAUGCGUUACCGGGUGGCAUUGACCCCCACCGGCCAUUCUACCAUGUAGCAGAUAAUAACGACUUAAACGAGGAGACUCUGGACGGGAAAGGGACCACACACUGCACCAACACCGUUGUUGUCCAGCCCCGUGCUUCAUCUGUAAGCCGCCCUGACAGUGAUGUUUCUCCUGCUGAGCCAGCACGAAAACGCAAGCGUACGCUGGCCCUCGAACCUGAGGUUCUUCCCGAAUUAGUGUGCCCGACAAAAGUCAACCCAGAGCGCCGUGAGGCAGUUGACGUGGAGACGCUGGACACCUCACUGCCUCACUGUUCUGACGCGGUGGCCAUGGAUGACUUCAUCUGGCAGCUUGCACGGGCUUCAAAGGACGGUGACAUCGGCAACGUCAUUUUGUCCCGCACUGAUCAAGACCAGACAGUUCCAGCGUGGUCGGCAUUUAAUGCCCUGCUUCAACGCCAAUGCAUCCCACCACGGUCUGCCAUAGGUUACUGCCCUGUGGUCAACUCGUCACCAACUGACAUGUCAACAGUCUACGCCAUCCUCAGAAAGUGCCUUGGUCGAUGUGCCAAUGCUGGCCUCCCAUUUAGCAUCAUUGUAGUGGACCAAGCCAUUUACGCAAAGGCAUUGGACAUUAUUAACCACCGGCCUGACGAGUUCUCACCCGUGGUGCUGAGAUUGGGAGCGUUUCACGCAGCCUGCACGUUCCUCUCCAUCAUCGGGAAGCGUUUCCGUGAUGCAGGUCUCCUUGAUCUGUUCGUUGAGUCCGGGAUAGCUGGACCAUCUUCUGCCUCGUCUGCGUUAGACGGGACUCAAUACAACCGAGCUGUGCGUUUGCACAAGGUUGUUGCAGAGGCUUUGCAUCGGAUGCGGUGGCAGCAGUUCGUGCAAGAUGCGGAUCCCACGAUCAUCAACCUAGCAGCCCUCCGAUCUUCACUAACGUCUUCAUUCAAGGAGCUACAGUCUUGUGUCACCGAUGACAACUCGGCGUGCAUCACGGCAUCACCGGAGGCUGUGGAGUUGCACAAGCAGUAUACGGAGUACUGCCGGAAGCGGGCCGCUUCAUCAGAAAUGUUCAACUUCUGGUCUUCCUACAUUGCCAUGGUGAGCCUUCUGCUCCGGUUCUUGCGUGCAAGUCGAAUGGCAGAUUGGAAGCUCCAUCUGCAGUGCGUUUUGAAAAUGCUCCCUUGGUGCUUUGCGUACGACAGGCAAAACUAUGCCCGCUACAUGUCCUAUUAUUGGCUGCAAAUGACCCAGUUGCCAACAACACAUCCCGAAGCGGAUCGGUUCCUGCAAGAAGGAGGUUUCUCCGUCCAGCGCUCCGACAACCCAUUUGCUCAGGUCCCAUCUGACCAGGCCAUUGAACAGUCGAUAAACCGGGCCACAAAGACCGUGGGAGGCAUUAUUGGGUUCAGCCGCCAUCCAGCAACCGUGCAGAGAUGGGUGUUGACUGCACAUGACCGAGCCGCUGUGGCAGAUGUCUGUUCGGAGCACUGUGGUAUGGACAGUGGUACCGAGGAGCGAGAUACCCUGCACAAAGAGUGCCAGACAGGAAGAAUGGCUCGUGAUGAAAACGAUGUCGUGAGUGUGGUCGAGACUGUCAGCAAGUUUCUCAACCCAUUCGCAUCUGACGGCGAGGAACCGCUGCCUUUGACACAGUUCGCAUCUGGCAUUGAGGCACCCAAUGAUGUAGCCCAGGAUCUGCUCCAUGCCGAAUCUCGUGGACACAAGGCCUUCACGGCUUUUCUUAGCGAGAGACUGUUGUCUGGAGCAUCCGAGAAACAAUUCCACGAUCCACUGAAGAAGCUGCAGCUGAAGACCUUCACUCUGAAGAAGCAGAAGAAGAAGACUCCUGGAAGUGGUCAAGCCGAAAUUCUCCGGAGUGAUCGGUCAACAUUCUCCAGGAUUGCCCUCAUUGCGCAGACCAGGCAGAUGGAUAUGCGUCAUGUCCUGUCAUACCCACUUGGCCCCCUGCCCUGGGCUUUAGCAACAACGUCAGGAUCUCUGGUGAAGACCAGCAAGUCUGCCCUGCUGCCGUUGCUCACGGACAAGGCGAUUGUCGACGACAGUACACACCCACCUGAUGGUGCACUAAUAGUCGACGCCAUGGCACUGUUGAGGUCAAUGAAGACUUCCAGCUUGCCAUCCACGUUUGCCGAAUAUGCUGAGUGCAUCCUAGAUCGCCUGUGUAAGUUCUUUGCACGGUAUGCUCGAGUGGACUUUGUUGUUGAUACGUACCGGGAUAUGUCGAUCAAGAAUCUGGAACGUUCAUCACGGGCCGCUAGUGGGACUCUACGGCAGCAUAUCACUGGCGCUGAUCAACGGCUUCCCAGGCAGUUUGCCAAGUUCCUGGCAGUGGGUGACAACAAAGAGGAAUUGAUUGCAUUCCUCGCCGUACAGUGGCAGCGUCCUGCCAUGGUUGAGAAGGUGCCUGAGCAGAGGGAACUUGUCGUUACCAGCGGUAGCUCUUGUGUGAUGAUCAAACGUCAGGCAGGUGCUACAAGUGUCGUCCCUGUACCUGACUUGGAGUGCAGCCACGAGGAAGCGGACACCCGUCUCUUGUUGCAUGCAUCUCAUGCUGGAUCCGCAGGCUAUCCCACCGUCACGGUCAAGUCCCCGGACACUGAUGUAGCAGUUCUGGCUGCCUUCGCCCGCCAUUGCAUCUCUGGAAGAUUGUACUUCCUCACUGGGACUGGGAACAAGGUUCGAUGCAUCGACAUGGCAACUGUCAGCGACGAGCUUGGCCCAGAACUCUGCCAAGCACUGCCAGGCUUCCACGCCUUCACUGGGUGUGAUAGCACAAGUGCUUUUGCAUACCGCGGGAAGAAGGCUGCAUUGAAGAUUCUGCAAAGCACCGGUCCUGUUGGGUCUACAUCUCGGCAAGCAUUCACCUCCCUGGGGAAAGGCUUCGAACCACUGACAGCUGAUGUGCUCAUCAACCUUGAGACAUUUGUGUGCUCCUAUUACAAAGUCUCUGGUUGUAGCAGCGUCAAUGAUGCAAGGUAUGAGCUGUUCUGCACAAAGACCUUGCAGUCAAACCAGCUUCCACCAUGCAAAGAUGCCUUCCUGAAGCAUGCCGCGAGAGCUAACUACCAAGCUGCCAUUUGGCGCCAGUGCAUUGUGGCCCAGCCUGCGAUACCAGCACCACAAGAUAAUGGCCAAGGUUGGUGUCUUGACCAGAACGGUGAUCUAGCUGUGGACUGGCUUAGUAUACCACCCGCUCCCCACUCUGUCCUCGAGUUUCUCAGCUGUGGCUGUAAGACUGGCUGUGGAGGAGGCAAUUGCUCCUGCAGGCGUCACAUGCUCGUGUGUACAGAUGCUUGUAGCUGUCACCAUCAUGCUUCAGUUCCAUGCAAGAACUGCCCGGUGGAAUCUGCUCCUGGACAUGACGAAGUACAGGCCAUCGAUGAGGGAGAUCUUCCGUCUGACACCGAGCAGCAGUAAUUGAAUGAAUGGCAAGUGCGGAUCACGUCGGUUUACCCAGUAUGUGCUCAAAACUAGUGGACCGAUGCGGUUAAAAGUCAGGCACCUCUACUUGUUGCUUACACGUGUAUGUGCUGAGUGUUUUUGCUGGCUUCUGAAACAACGUAGUGUAUAGUGUAUAGUGUAUAACAAUGUAGUAUGAGUAUGUGGUUGGUAAUAAUGCAAAGCCAACAUCUUUGUUACGUCAGAUUUAUGUGCAUCUCUCGGCGUCCAUAUUUUGUUGGCCGCUUAGCAGAAUCUACUGUGCAUAGCAGCAUAUACUGUGCAUGUUCAGUUCCCCGCUCAAGUCCAUUACUGAGUUGGCAGCGAUUGCCGGAUAGCCCUCCCACAUUGUACAUUGUCCAAUGCCCAUGUGAUGGCAUACUCUUCUUUUUGUCUUUUUUAUAUUUUCUACGCCUUCAUUUUGAUUUGAUAACAGCCGAAGUUUGUUUCAGAUGAUGGCCCAGUCACAUGGAGAAGCCCACCUACAUGUGUAUUUCAUGUACAUUAUAAUACUUGUGAUGAGCACUCUGUUCUUUGCUUCUGAUGUACAUACGAUCCCCAAUGUGAUUUGGCUACAGCUCAUUACGAAAGACGAUCCAUGUAUUGGACAUAAUCUUAUCAGUGAUUGUAAUGCUAUUGUAUACCAAAGGGCAUUCUGAAUUGUAUUGUGAAACAAGGCCCACCAAGUGAUAAAGACUGUAAAAUGUCCAGGUAUAUCACGAGGGGAGAGCCUCCCCUUCCACCCCAUUCUGCAUCCCUAAUCGAGGGGCCGAGCACCCCCCUUCUACCCAACUACUGUACUUACAGUGCAAUGGUAUUGACCUUUUGUAUGCACACAAUUGUCGUACUGCGGGCGACCCGGCAGCAUGGGUUCUAGUUGCACGAUUAUCAUCAAACCUUGGAUACCGGUGGUUCUUGGUCUUUCUUUGGCAAUGCAAAAAACUGGAACUGCUUACAGCAUAGGAAAGGUGGUAAAAUUUGAAUUUCGACUUCCGUUACCAUGGCAACAUCAAAAUAAUAGUAUUCCUUUGAUUUGGUCAACUUAGGACAAGAAUCCCGGGACAAGAGAUACAUGAUAAGAAAGCCCUAGCACCACUCUAUCAUUUCGUAUAGUCAAACCUUGGUACCCUUCUGCUCGGAGCGAAAAGUACGAAUUUUGCACCCUGGCCUGCGGACUAC